UACCCCAGGCUUGGUAGCGUCAGCAAUAGAAAUUUAUUUCUCACAGUUCCAGAGACUAGGAGGUCCAAAAUCAAGGUCAGGAAGGGGUAUCUCUCUGUGAAGAAAGCAAUAUGUUGUGACAACCUCAGAUCCAAGAAAUUCAACAAACCCAGGCACAAGCAACAUGAAGAAAAUUAUAGCAAGGCGCAAAUCAAAUUUCCCCGAACUAAUGAUAAAGAGAGGAACCUAGGAACCAGAGAAGAAAGCCUCGUUACAUAUACAGGAACAAAGUUCUUCCAGACGCUUCCUGAGAGAAUGGGGGCAGGAGCUCUAGCCAUCUGUCAAAGUAAAGCAGCGGUUCGGCUGAAAGAAGACAUGAAAAAGAUAGUGGCAGUGCCAUUAAAUGAACAGAAGGAUUUUACCUAUCAGAAGUUAUUUGGAGUCAGUCUCCAAGAACUUCAACGGCAGGGGCUCACCGAGAAUGGCAUUCCAGCAGUAGUGUGGAAUAUAGUGGAAUAUUUGACGCAGCAUGGACUUACCCAAGAAGGUCUUUUUAGAGUGAAUGGUAACGUGAAGGUGGUGGAACAACUUCGACUGAAGUUCGAGAGUGGAGUGCCCGUGGAGCUCGGGAAGGACGGUGAUGUCUGCUCAGCAGCCAGUCUGUUGAAGCUGUUUCUGAGGGAGCUGCCCGACAGUCUGAUCACCUCGGCGUUGCAGCCUCGAUUCAUUCAGCUCUUUCAGGAUGGCAGAAAUGAUGUUCAGGAGAAUAGCUUAAGAGACUUAAUAAAAGAGCUGCCAGACACCCACUACUGCCUCCUCAAGUACCUUUGCCAGUUCUUGACAAAAGUAGCCAAGCAUCAUGUGCAGAAUCGCAUGAAUGUUCACAAUCUCGCCACUGUAUUUGGGCCAAAUUGCUUUCAUGUGCCCCCUGGGCUUGAAGGCAUGAAGAAACAGGACCUGUGCAACAAGAUAAUGGCUAAAAUUCUAGAAAAUUACAAUACCCUGUUUGAAGUAGAGUAUACAGAAAAUGAUCAUCUGAGAUGUGAAAACCUGGCUAGGCUUAUCAUAGUAAAAGAGGCCUGUUAUAAGAACAUCCUUUUAACAAGAGGUUUAGAAAGAGACAUGCCAAAACCACCUCCAAAAACCAAGAUCCCAAAAUCCAGGAGUGAGGGAUCUAUUCAGGCCCACAGAGUACUGCAACCAGAGCUAUCUGAUGGCAUUCCUAAGCUCAGCUUGCGGCUAAGUCAUAGAAAAUCCUGCUUGGAAGACAUGAAUUCAGCAGAGGAUGCUAUUAGUGCCAAGUUGGUACCCAGUUCACAGGAAGAUGAAAGACCUCUGUCACCUUUCUAUUUGAGUGCUCAUGUACCCCAAGUCAGCAAUGUGUCUGCAACCGGAGAACUCUUAGAAAGAACCAUCCGAUCAGCUGUAGAACAACAUCUUUUUGAUGUUAAUAACUCUGGAGGUCAAAGUUCAGAGGACUCAGAAUCUGGAACACCAUCAGCAUCUUCUGCCACAUCUGCCAGACAACGCCGCCGCCAGUCCAAGGAGCAGGAUGAAGUUCGACGUGGGAGAGACAAGGGACUUAUCAACAAAGAAAAUAUUCCUUCUGGGUUCAACCACCUUGAUGAUUGUAUUUUGAAUACUCAGGAAGUCGAAAAAGUACACGAAAAUACUUCUGGUUGUGCUGGAGAAAGGAACAAGCCUAAACGUCAGAAAUCCAGUACUAAAUUUUCUGAGCUUCAUGACAAUCAAGAUGGUCUUGUGAAUAUGGAAAGUCUCAAUUCCACACGAUCUCAUGAGAGAACUGGACCUGAUGAUUUUGAACGGAUGUCCGAUGAAAGGAAAGGAAAUGAAAAAGAUGGUGGACACACUCAGCAUUUCGAGAGCCCCACAAUGAAGAUCCAGGAGCAUCCCAGCCUAUCUGACACCAAACAGCAGAGGAAUCAAGAUGCCGGUGACCAGGGGGAGAGCUUUGUCUCCGAAGUGCCCCAGUUGGACCUGACUGCAUUGUGUGAUGAAAAGAACUGGGAAGAGCCUGCCCCUGCUUUCUCCUCCUGGCAGCGGGAGAACAGUGACUCUGAUGAAGCCCACCUCUCGCCGCAGGCUGGGCGCCUGAUCCGUCAGCUGCUGGACGAAGACAGUGACCCCAUGCUCUCUCCUCGGUUCUACGCUUACGGGCAGAGCAGACAAUACCUGGAUGACACAGAAGUGCCUCCUUCCCCACCAAACUCCCAUUCUUUCAUGAGGCGGCGAAGCUCCUCUCUGGGGUCCUAUGAUGAUGAGCAAGAGGACCUGACACCUGCCCAGCUCACACGAAGGAUUCAGAGCCUUAAAAAGAAGAUCCGGAAGUUUGAAGAUAGAUUCGAAGAAGAGAAGAAGUACAGACCUUCCCACAGUGACAAAGCAGCCAAUCCAGAGGUUCUGAAAUGGACAAAUGACCUUGCCAAAUUCCGGAGACAACUUAAAGAAUCAAAACUAAAGAUAUCUGAAGAGGACCUAACUCCCAGGAUGCGGCAGCGAAGCAACACACUCCCCAAGAGUUUUGGUUCCCAACUUGAGAAAGAAGAUGAGAAGAAGCAAGAGUUGGUGGAUAAAGCAAUAAAGCCCAGUGUUGAAGCCACACUGGAAUCUAUUCAGAGGAAGCUCCAGGAGAAGCGAGCGGAAAGCAGCCGUCCUGAGGACAUUAAGGAUAUGACCAAAGACCAGAUUGCUAAUGAGAAAGUGGCUCUGCAGAAAGCUCUGUUAUAUUAUGAAAGCAUUCAUGGACGGCCGGUAACAAAGAAUGAACGGCAGGUCAUGAAGCCACUAUAUGACAGGUACCGGCUGGUCAAACAGAUCCUGUCCCGAGCUAACACCAUACCCAUCAUUGGUUCCCCCUCCAGCAAGCGGAGAAGCCCUUUGCUGCAACCAAUUAUCGAGGGCGAAACUGCUUCCUUCUUCAAGGAGAUCAAGGGGAGGGGAAGGAAGAGAGGGAGCGGAAAACUGAUGUGCACAGCCGGUGUCCCAGGUGUGCCUUAUGAGGAAGAAGAGGAGGGGUCAGAAGACGAUAGCAAUGUGAAGCCAGACUUGAUGGUCACUCUGAAAACCGAUUUCAGUGCACGAUGCUUUCUGGACCAAUUCGAAGAUGAUGCUGAUGGGUUUAUUUCCCCAAUGGAUGAUAAAAUACCAUCAAAAUGCAGCCAGGACACAGGGCUUUCAAAUCUCCAUGCUGCCUCAAUACCUGAACUCCUGGAACACCUCCAGGAAAUGAGAGAAGAAAAGAAAAGGAUUCGAAAGAAACUUCGAGAUUUUGAAGACAACUUUUUCAGACAGAAUGGAAGAAAUGUCCAGAAGGAAGACCGCACUCCUAUGGCUGAAGAAUACAGUGAAUAUAAGCACAUAAAGGCGAAACUGAGGCUCCUGGAGGUGCUCAUCAGCAAGAGAGACACUGAUUCCAAGUCCAUGUGAGGGGCAUGACCGAGCACAGGGGGCUGGCAGCUGCGGUGAGAGUUUACUCUCCCCUGAGAAAGUGUAGCUCUGGAAGGCAGCCUUGGGGCUGGCCCUGCAAAGCAUGCAGCCCUUCUGCCUCUAGCCCAUUUGGCAUCGGCUCCUGUUUCCAUUGCCUGCCUUAGAAACUGGCUGGAAGAAGACAAUGUGACCUGACUUAGGCAUUUUGUAAUUGGAAAGUCAAGAUUGCAGUAUGUGCACAUACGCACGCGCGUGCACCCACACAGACACACACACACAGUAGUGGAGUUUUCCUAACACUAGCAGAGAUGAAUCACUACAUUAAACAACACUCAUCUACAGAGAAUAUACACUGUUUUUCCCUGGAUAACUGAGAAAUAUGAGACCAUUCUCUGUCUAACUGUGAUGAAAACAAGCUCAGGACUUUAUUCUAUAGAGCAAACUUGCUGUGGAGGGCCAUGCUCUCCUUGGACCCAGUUAAGUGCGAACGUGCAUUGGAGCCCUAUUUGCUGCCGCUGCCAUUCUAGUGACCUUUCCACAGAGCUGCGCCUUCCUCACGUGUGUGAAAGGUUUUCCCCUUCAGCCCUCAGGUAGAUGGAAGCUGCAUCUGCCCACGAUGGCAGUGCAGUCAUCAUCUUCAGGGUGUUUCUUCAGGACUUCCUCAGCUGACAAGGAAUUUUGGUCCCUGCCUAGGACCGGGUCAUCUGCAGAGGACAGAGAGAUGGUAAGCAGCUGUAUGAAUGCUGAUUUUAAAACCAGGUGAUGGGAGAAGAGCCUGGAGAUUCUUUCCUGAACACUGACUGCACUUACCAGUCUCAGAUUUUAUCAUCAAACACCAAGCCAGGCCAGCAUGCUCAUGGCAACCUGUUUGGGGCUGUUUUGUUGUGGCACUAGCCAAACAUAAAGGGGCUUAAGUCAGCCUGCAUACAGAGGAUCAGGGGAGAGAAGGGGCCUGUGUUCUCAGCCUCCUGAGUACUUACCAGAGUUUAAUUUAAAAAAAAAAAAAAAAUCUGCACUAAAAUCCCCAAACUGACAGGUAAAUGUACCCCUCAGAACUCAGCCUAAGGCAGAAUCUAAAUCACACUAUUUUUGUGAUCAUGUAUAAAAAGAAAAGUCAUGCUGUGUGGCCAAUUAUAAUUUUUUCAAAGACUUUGUCACAAAGCUGUCUAUAUUAGACAUUUUGGAGGGACCAGGAAAUGUAAGACACCAAAUCAUCCAUCUCUUCAGUGUGCUUGAUGUCACCUCAUGAUUUGUUGUUACUUUUUUAACUCCUGCACCAAGGACAGUGGGUUCUGGGUCCACCUUUGUGCUUUGGGAGGCCGAGCCCAGGCGUCUGCUCGCCCGCCACGGCUGACCAGAGAAGGUGCUUCAGGAGCUCUGCCUUUGACGAUGUGUUACAGGAUGAACACACAGCAGAGGCACCCUCCUGUAUGUUUUGAAAGUUGCCUUCUGAAAGGGCACAGUUUUAAGGAAAAGAAAAAGAAUGUAAAACUAUACUGACCAGUUUUCAGUUUUAAAGGGUCGUGAGAAACUGGCUGGUCCGAUGGGAUUUACAGCAACAUUUUCCAUUGCUGAAGUGAGGCAGCAGCUCUCCUCUGUCAGCUGAAUGUUAAGGAUGGGGAGAAAGAAUGCCUUUAAGUAAGUUUGCUCUUAAUCGUAUGGAAGCUUGAGCUAUGUGUUGGAAGUGCCCUGGUUUUAAUCCACACACAAAGACGGUACAUAAUCCUACAGGUUUAAAUGUACAUAAAAAUAUAGUUUGGAAUUCUUUGCUCUACUGUUUACAUUGCAGAUUGCUAUAAUUUCAAGGAGUGAGAUUAUAAAUAAAAUGAUGCACUUUAGGAUGUUUCCUAUUUUUGAAAUCUGAACAUGAAUCAUUCACAUGACCAAAAAUUGUGUUUUUUUAAAAAUACAUGUCUAGUCUGUCCUUUAAUAGCUCUCUUAAAUAAGCUAUGAUAUUAAUCAGAUCAUUACCACUGAGCUUUUAAAGCACAUUUGUUUAAGACUAUGUUUUUGGAAAAUACGCUACAGAAUUUUUUUUUAAGCUACAAAUGAGAUGCUACUAAUUGUUUUGGAAUCUGCUGUUUCUGCCAAAGGUAAAUUAACAAAAGAUUUAUUCAGGAAUCCCCAUUUGAAUUUGUAUGAUUCAAUAAAAGAAAACACCAAGUUAUAUAAAA